AUGGACGUGGAGGAUGGCAAGGACUUCGCCGACUUCACCCCAAGCCGGCUGUUCAUCUACUACAACGAGCGUCUUGUUGAGGGCACCGUGAACUGGGAUGCUGGAGCGAUGAUCCGCGAUGGCGUCAAGACGAUGUCCAAGGUGGGCGUGUGCCCGGAGAGCGUCUGGAAGUACGAUGACGGCCCGGAUUUCUUCAAGCAGCAGCCAGACGAAAAGGCUUACGACAUCGCACAGAAGUGCAAGGUCAAGCAAUACGCUCGUGUGAUGCAGGACUUGAGCCAGAUGAAGAUGUGCAUCAAGAGCGGCUACCCGUUCGUCUUCGGCUUUGCCGUCCUGUCAAGCUUCCAGACAGCGGAGGUUGCCAGGACCGGCAAAAUGGUGAUGCCGCAGGCAACCGACCAGCAGCUGGGCGGCCAUGCCGUCACUGCCGUCGGCUACGACGACUUCCAGCAGUGCUUCAUCGUCCGCAACUCCUGGGGAGAGGGGUGGGGCGACAAGGGCUACUUCUACAUGCCCUACGAGUACAUCUGCCACCCUGACCUCGCCUCCGACUUCUGGGCCAUCAACUGGGUGGAGGGCUUCUCGAACGCAAAGAAGACCGAGUUCACGGUUCCAAGCAAAUCCGCCAUGGACAGCGUGCCGGCUCGCACCAUUCAGAAGUUUGGCUGGAAGCCGGACAUGCCCGAUCACCGUGACCUUCACGUCACCUUCCCGAAGGUGGAGGCGCCUAGCAAGAUCAAGAGAAAGGCCGAGGGGCAGAAGGAGAUGGUCGACCUGCGCCCAAUGAACGGCGGCUUCCCUAUCUUCGACCAGGGCCACCUUGGUAGCUGCACCGCGAACGCGUUGGCGGCGGCCUUCCACUUCACCCUGCACAAGAUGGAGGUGGAGAACAACAAGGACUUCGCCGACUUCACCCCAAGCCGGCUGUUCAUCUACUACAACGAGCGCCUUGUUGAGGGCAGCGUGAACCAGGAUGCUGGAGCGAUGAUCCGCGACGGCAUCAAGACGAUGUCCAAGGUCGGCGUGUGCCCCGAGAGCGUUUGGAAGUACGACGACGGCCCGACCUUCUUCAAGCAGGAGCCCAACCAGCAGGCCUACGACAUCGCGCAGAAGUGCAGGGUCAUGGGCUACGCCCGCGUUGCACAGGACUUGAGCCAGAUGAAGAUGUGCAUCAAGAGCGGCUACCCGUUUGUCUUCGGCUUUGCCGUCCUGUCAAGCUUCCAGACAGCGGAGGUUGCCAGGACCGGCAAAAUGGUGAUGCCCCAGGCAACCGACCAGCAGCUGGGCGGCCAUGCCGUCACUGCCGUCGGCUACGACGACUUCCAGCAGUGCUUCAUCGUCCGCAACUCCUGGGGAGAGGGGUGGGGCGACAAGGGCUACUUCUACAUGCCCUACGAGUACAUCUGCCACCCCUCCCUCGCCUCCGACUUCUGGGCCAUCAACUGGGUGGAGGGCUUCAAGAAUGCUUCAGCGAAGCCGGUGAAGAAGUGA